CCAAACUAAUUUGAAAACCUAGACUAUGGCUCCUCCUACCACCCUCAAUGCUGCUCCACUUGAUAUUGUUGAAGUCAACCAGAAAGGAGUAAAACACCAAUCAGAGCUUGCACCCUACCAAUCCAUUGUGACACCCUCCUCCAUCUCCACAAUCCCUAUCAUCAACCUUCAUGGCCUAGAUGACCCAUUGACUAAAGCUAGCAUCAUAAAGGCUAUAGAUAAGGCUUGCACCGACUGGGGUCUCUUCCUGGUUGUCAACCAUGGUAUCGAAGAAUCAACAAUAGAGGAGAUGCUUGAAUGUGUCAAGGCUUUCUUUACCCUUCCAUUGGAGGAGAAGAUGAAGUACAUGGCAAGGGACCUUACCAUUCCUGUGGAUUAUAUUUCACAGCCCAAUGGCACUUUGCGAGAAGUUCUCCGCCACCAAGGGCGCCCUACUAGUGAUGAGAUCAUUCUCCUUUGGCCCUCAAAACCUUCCAACUAUAAGGAUGCAGCCAAGGCAUUCCUAGAGGCAACCUGGCGACUAGCCAUGAGGCUAGCAAGGGCUAUUUCCGAAGGGCUAGGCAAAGAUGAAGGGUAUGUUGAGGGCACAAUGGAAGAUGGUUUCCAAUAUAUCUUAUGCAACUAUUAUCCACCAUGCCCCAAUCCACAGCAAGCACUUGGGAUGGGUCCACAUACCGAUCAAUGCCACAUGGUGAUACUUACGGACAAUGUAGAUGGGCUGCAAUUAAAGCACAUAGGGAAGUGGGUUACUGUCCCAAAUGUGCCUGGGGCGCUAGUGGUGUUCCUGGGGACAUCCAUGGAGAAAGCGAGCGAGGGAAGGUAUAAGGCCGCAGAGCACCAAGUGAUGGUGAAUGAGAAAACUGCACGGAUCUCCUUGGCAGUGGGCAAUGGGACUGAAAUCAAAGGUCUGGACGCCAGGCUACAUCUUUAGUGGCUUUAGCAGACUAUUCCUUCGUCUCACUUGCCUUGGGUCAAAUAAUCAUAGGAGAAUCCUUACUUCUAUGUGUCAUCGAGUCUAUGGUGUCAAUGUGGUUGUGUGGUCUGCCCAUGUCUUUUAUGUUAUGGUAUGAAGCUAGUUUUAUCCAUCUAUAAACUAAUAUAUUCAUGUU